AUGGGACUUCCUUCCACUAUCGGAGGGCCAUCUUGUUCUGUUCCGCUAGUGCCAGAAGACCUGAAAUUUUCCUCUUUUUUUGCCUGCGGCAUCUUCAAUCUUAUUGGCGUCAGCCGCACUUUUCGCCAGAUGGAACCACGUGAAAAACCCUACCCGACAUCAUCUAGGGCUUUUAUUUUGGGGGAAUCUUCGCUACUGGAGAUCCAUUGACACGUUUUCUACCGGGGACCUCUUUCCGAACAGAGACCCUUUUUCCACCAUAGGGAUUCUUACGUCAUCGGUUUUGAAGCCUUCCUCGCCCAUUUUAAAUUAGUUAGUCAAUAAGCUUUCGCAUUAAGGGAGAUCUCCUAGUUUGGCUGGCUUAAAUUUUUGUUGUUAGCCGUUAGUAGAUGUA